AUGGGGCGUCCCUCUGUCCCUCUGUCGGCGGAUCUUCCGCCACUCAUUAUGGGCACCGCGACCUUCAAUUCUCAGUACAAUGAGGAUCCAUACGCCCUCCCCACGACAGAACUAGUUCAUCGUGCUCUCUCAAACGGUGUCCGCGCUUUCGAUACGUCUCCAUAUUACGGCCCAGCCGAAGAGCUUCUCGGUCGUGCUUUGGCUACUGAUCACGUUCGCUCCAAUUUUCCCCGUCAUACGUACCGAUUGCUCACCAAAGUGGGCCGAGUUGCAGCCUCUUCGUUUGACUAUUCUCCGAAGUGGGUGAGGUACAGCGUGAAGCGCAGUUUGCGCCGCCUCCAUACCGAUUACUUGGACGUGGUCUACUGCCAUGACGUUGAAUUCGUGAGCCCCGAGCAGGUCCUCGAGGCGAUUCGAGAGUUGCGCCGCAUCCGCGAUACCGAAGGCACUGUACACUACGUCGGCAUAUCGGGAUACCCUGUGGAUGUACUGUGCGACCUUGCAGAAUUGAUCUUGCGCGAGACAGGCGAGCCGCUCGACGUGGUGCAGUCAUACGCCAAUUUCACUCUCCAGAAUACCCGACUGCUCACCCAAGGUCUCCCUCGGUUAGUGGCCGCCGGCGUCGAUGUGAUUCCCAAUGCAUCACCACUGGGUAUGGGUCUUCUACGGCGUAAGGGUGUGCCCAUUGGAAGCAUGGGCGAUUUUCACCCCGCUCCAGACGGUCUUCGGAAAGCUAUUCACAGUGUGAGCGAGUGGGCCAACGCUCAAGGAGAGAAACUCGAAGUGAUUGCGAUUCGCUUCGCUCUCGAGUCGUGGCUCCGCGAGGGUGCUAAGGCUGGGGCUCUGGGCCCGCCUCUUGCGCGGUCCCCCGGCGCUGAUCCGGGAUUCCUCUCGGUCGCCCACAUGGGAACGGGCGAGCGGCUAGGCGUCAGCGUCAUGGGCGUCAGCAACAUAGAGGAACUGAACGAGACAUUGCGCGUUUGGCACAGCAUUAUCGACGGGUUGGAGAACCAGGACGACGAGGAAGACACCAGCGAACACGCUCAGGCCGCGGCUAUACCUACCGCUUACCAAGCGCCAGCCAUUCUCACGCCGUCUGAAGGAGUCAUCACCGACCGCGCUUGGUCCAAGUCACGUCGCAGUCGCAUUUUGUCCCUCGCCCAAGGCAUCCAGUCCAUGCUUGGCCCGGAAUGGGUGGACUAUACAUGGCCCAGCCCUGGCCCAGAUUUUGUUAAUUCGCUGCCCGCCGAGCAUCUCGCUCUCUUGGAACAACUGGACAUUGAAACGGUAAUUUCUAAAAAUCAGGAUGCCGAUAUGGUUACCGGAAAGCAGGAUGAGCCUAUGGUAACGCCUCCUUUGGACGCGGUGGACAAGCAGAUACCCCUUGGCACAGCGCCAUCCAAUAUUGCUUUAUGA